UUAUGUCUUAUUUGGUCUUUUAUUUGAAAAAAGAAGUAGAAAAUACCAAAAAUGAAUAUCUCAGAGCACCUGAAAAUGAGAAACAAGAAUGGUUGAAAAAGAGAACAAUGAUUCAACAAACUUCAUUGCAAUUGACACAUCAAUCUUCAUUUGCUAUUCCCAAUGAUUUUAAUUUUGAAUAA